AAUUGUCAUAAUCUGUGAUUGUCAUUGGUUUUAUUUCUUGGUUCUUCAUCGACGUCAACUUUCUUGGCUUCGCGAAUUCGGUGAUUCAUUUCAUAUUUUUCUGUACAAUGGAUGAUUUCGGUGAUAAUUUCGUUCAACCGGAAGUCGACCCAGCCGCAGACUUCUUGGCUCGAGAGCAAAACCAACUGGCAGGAUUAGAAGAUGAUCUAGAAACCAGUGCUCCGCCCCCUAUUGCGUCGAGUAUAGCAUCAAACGGUCUUGAUGAUUUUGUUGAAGUUCCGAGUGCUGCAGCAUUUGAAGCGAAUGGUGGUCUUCUUGAUGAUGAUCCAGCCCCAGCACCAGCACCAGCUGCACCAGUGGUGUCCGUCUUCAGACAAGAAAGAGAAGAACCAGAGAAGAUAAAGAUAUGGAGGGAAGAACAGAAAAAGAGACUAGAAGAGAAAGAUGCUGAGGAAGAAAGAAAGAAGCAAGAAAUGUUGAAGGUAGCAAAAAAAGAAUUAGAGGAUUGGUAUAAAACACAUGAAGAACAAAUUGCCAAAACAAAAGCAGCUAAUAGGGAGUCCGCUAAAAAUGCAGAGAAAGCUUUAGCCCGUGGAUCUGAGAGUGGAGUGGAAGAGGGCAAUGAGUGGGCUCGUGUAGCUGAGCUUUGUGACUUCGGGCCGAGGCGAGGCCGCGAUGUAGCUCGUCUGAGAUCUAUUGUCCUACAGUUGAAGCAAUCUGGUGUCAGCCCUAAGUACCCACCGCGGUCUACUAAAGUAGCUUGAAGAUUUUUAUAAAUAAGAAAAUGUUGUUAGCCUAAAUAUUUGUCUUUAAUCAGUCUCUGAAUAAAUCACAUUGAAUUACAAUAAAAGUAAUAGAAAAGCAUGUGAUUUUUAUAGAAUAAUUAUUGUAUUGCUUAAACAGACUGUUAUUUAUUAAAUUUAUUUUUUAUUGUUCAGUAUGGCUAAUGUUAUUGGAGUAUCUUUUUUAUUUGGUCAAUAAUUAUAAAUAAAUAUCAUUCCAGAGUUA